UGGGUGUUUGAUAGCUUAUCGAUUGGUUGUUAUUGGUGGUUUCUUCGUCGACGGUGACUUCGUUUUGUCUCGGAGAGAUGAGUGCUUUCGAGUUAUUGAAACUCAAUAUACACUUUGGAGGAGAUGUAUCAUUCAAGGAUGAGAAGUUUGCUUACAUAAGAGGAACUGAGGAGAAAGAUGUGUUGAUGGACCCAGAUUUGAUGACUUGGUCUAUCUUUGACGAAUUCUGCUCAGAGAAAGGAGUGUAUGGUGUAGUUGAGGAAGUAUGGUACAAGCUUCCAGAAGAAGACAUAGCUCUAGUAAGAGUUAUCAAAGAAGACAAAGACAGUGGGAUUCGGAAGUUGUAUAGUGAAGCUUCAACUGGAGGUGAAGUUGAUAUAUACAUUCAACAAGGUGUGUCUGAACCUAUACCUUUUCCUCUAUCCCAGCCUGGUGAGGAGUGUGUUCUUGAAGAGGAAGAUGAUCGAGCUGAAGAAGUAGAAGAGGAGGGAGAUGUUGAUGAGGCUGCGGCUGCUGAUUUUGUCCUUCAACUAUGAUCUCAGUUUCAUCAACCAGAGUUAUUACAGGAUAAUGAUGAUCCAUGGAGUAUCCACAAUGCUCCAAAGAGGUGGAAAACUGCUCAAGCCAAUCCACACCACCACCUGCUGCUCAAAGUCAGUCAUAGAAUCCGCAACAUUCAAGUGCACCAGCAGCUAAUCCAAGUGGUAAGGGACGUGCACGUGGACGUCCUCCUGGCACUAAAAAUGGUUGUGGCAAGGGUCGUGGAAAGGGUUGUGGUAGAGGAUCCGCAGCUCCUAAACCGCCAGUGUUUUUUUUUAUCUCCUUGGACUGACAAGGUCUUUGACGUUUGGCGACCAGAGAAGAAGUAGGAGUAACAUGAGUAAUAUCUUUUGUGUGCUUAAUGACUUUGUAGGAUGAUUUCUAUGUAGGAUGCUUGAUGCUUUGUUUUGGUAGGAUCCAUA